AUUACUAAAUUUGCAACAAUCACUUGGUCUAUCGUCAAUAAUCCUAGUUUGUAGGAACAAUUUUAACGAAAAUUCUAACAAACUUAGUUAUUUCUUUCUAAUUUUUUUCCUUUAUGGCUGUACAAACCGAAGCAGCACCAUUGACAUUGGCCAGAGAUGUAAAUCGUGCCAUUGAACUUCUCGAAAAGCUUCAACAAAGUGGCGAGGUCCCUAUUGACAAACUUAAAGCAUUACAGAAAGUUCUUGAAAGUGAAUUUUGUACAUCAAUUCGUGAAGUGUACGAGCAUGUAUAUGAAACAGUCGACGUCGGUGGUAGUCCAGAAGUUCGUGCAUCCGCCACAGCAAAGGCAACUGUCGCAGCUUUUGCAGCUAGUGAAGGCUACGCUUACCCUAGAGUUGUAGAAAUUCCAAAGAAUGAUGAAGGCCUUGGUUUUAACGUAAUGGGAGGCAAAGAACAAUCGUCGCCAAUUUACAUAUCGCGCAUCAUUCCUGGUGGCGUCGCUGAUAGACACGGUGGCUUGAAGCGUGGAGAUCAACUGCUUUCAGUUAAUGGUGUGAGUGUGGAAGGUGAAAACCACGAGAAAGCAGUUGAUCUUUUGAAAGCUGCUGAAGGAAAAGUUAGACUGGUUGUGAAAUACACGCCGAAAUUAUUAGAUGAAAUGGAACAGAGAUUUGAACGCCAGCGAAGCGCAAAACGCUAAGCCACAACAUUGAUCAAGGAGCAAGAAAUAUGUUUUGUGCAAAACUGGCAUUGUAAAUCUUGUCUCUUAAAUCUUAUUAGGUAUACUAUGUAAUGUAGAAUUGUAGAACAAUGCAAUAUAUAGUUUGAAUGAAAUUAGUUUUUUAACAAUAAUUAUUACACGUGUAUUCAACGUCAUCAUGCAGUAGCAAUAUGUAUACAGAAAUUUCAAUGAAUCAGACUCCUGCUUGUAAGUUGUAAUUAUUAUAUAACUAAUUAAAUAGGCUAUUUCUUUUAUUAAUAUAUACUUUUUAACUAUUAA